AUGGACGAACAAUCUGUGAAUGGCAUGAUGUCGAGGUCGAAGACGACCCAAGAGUUAGCGAUGGAGGGUCAGAAGUAUUUGGAAGAAACCAUAGAGUUCGCUUUCCAGAUCCUCUCUUCCAUGAACGACGAGCUCUGCAACCCCGUCUUGUGGUCCACCUCUCCCUCCGCCACUUCCACCUCCCCCAACGCCCCCUCCUCCACUGCCGAUGCCACUUCCGACAACUCCAACUACCUCUCCGACAGCACUGCCGCCUCUGCUGCCGCUGGAGGCGCCCUCGAUGGGGCUCGGCACCGGUACAAGAAAGCCGUCGCCUCGCUUCGGGCCAUUCUCACUGCCAUUCCUAACUCCCAGAAGUCAAAAACAUUUGAUGCUGGUUCUGCUGCUAGCCCUGCAGAUGAAGCUGAAAUUGAAAAGUUAGAGGAGCGAGCCUCUUCUCUUAGAAGGGAGCUUGCCAACAAGAAUUUGCACCUGAAGACACUCAUAGAUCAACUGCGUGAUCUUAUCACUGAUAUAUCAACAUGGCAAAGUCCUUUUUCAACCUGA